GGGGACUCUUUAAGAAUCACGUAUAACAAUUUAUGACUUUUAAAAGCGAAUUCUCGUUAUAGCCUUUCAAUUUCUUGUUUAAAUUUGUCGUGUUCAGAUCUCAUUGUUGGGGUCAGUCGUCUUGUUGCUGAGUUUCACGCUAGCGUUUGAGGAUGAUGCCAGUUACCUUAUUCAAUGCGGUCCUCAGACCCACACUUAUGAAUGUCAUGAAGACUUCAACUGUCAAACUCUCUCCUGCAGCUGUUUCCUGUAUUUUCCCCACGAGCCAAUUCCAUACGUCUUCUAUCCGAAAAGAUAUUGAUCAAGCAGCCAAAUACAUUGGUGCUGGUGCGGCUACUGUUGGAUGUGCUGGAUCAGGUGCUGGUAUUGGAUCUGUAUUUGGAAGUUUGACUUUGGCAUACGCCAGAAAUCCUGGCCUGAAACAGCAACUGUUUACCUACGCUAUCCUUGGUUUCGCUCUGAGUGAAGCAAUGGGUCUGUUUUGUCUAGUGAUGGCUUUCCUCAUUUUAUAUGUUUUCUGAGGAUACCUAUGUCCUCAUGUACCUAGGCCUGUUUUCCAUCCCAACCACAUUGCUGGUCCGAAUAUGGAUGCAAGAGAAUUUUUUCUGGAUAGAAGUGGGAUACGUUUAUUGGCCUGUUUUUACGUUCUCUUUUGUGAAGGGAGAAAUUCGACAAAUGUCUAGUGUAUAUUUUAUGGUCAAAGGAAGAACUUUUCUCUUAUUCAUUGAUCUUUCUUGUUUCCACAAAUCAAUAAUUAUAAGUUUACUAAUCAACUACAUAGAAAACAAACAAAAAAUACAGCAUGAAUGUUUCUGUUAAAUGUCCCAUUAUGUAUAAUGUCUGUUUUCCAAAAAUCAAGUGAAAUUGUGGUUUAUAACUACAUACACGGGAAUUCAUAGUAUCCUUGGGAGAACCUUCUGUUUAUAACAUCAAGAAAGCAGGAUUUGAUGGGGCCCAAAAUAUCCAAUUAACCAUGAGAGGGAUAAAGAUUUUGAUAUAAUGCUACUGUGAUGUGUCACUACUAUUUGACACUCGAGAGUGUAAAAAAAAGAUUUUGUAAAUCAGGAAUAAUGCGCAUUGUAAAAUGACGUGAACUCUGUUCAUUUUACAUGCUCUAGAUCUACAUACACACUGAAUUGUGUCAAUAAAGUGUUUUACAAACGCAAUGUGGUGUGUAAAAUAAAGUCAUUUGAUUCAAUUUACCAUGUGUCAUGAGACUUAAAACUUAAGGACAAGACUUCCACUUGUCUGGUUGAACUGAUAUCAGAAAAAUGCAUAACCUACGUGUGUUAAAAAUGAAUAGCAAAAUGAGAGUUACCAGGACCUUGGUAAGUUAAGGGAUUUGACAUACUGCUUCUGAACAUAAAUUUCAGACUUGAAUUAGCGGACUGCCAAAUCUUUCACUAUGCACAAGUUUCUUUUUCAGGUUCUCUCAAAACCAACUAUUCUGACUUUGAGUAAUUUUGUAAGACUGUGGUGUAGAUAGAUAACCACAAUGGACUACGUGUUCAACAACAGAACUAGUGAUUUGGUUGCACUUCCGUUCGAAUAGCUAUGCAGAGUAUUAUUCGCAUAUGCUCAUAGAAAGAUUACGCUUGUAAGGCCAAUCAGUAUAAGAUUUCCACUAAACCAAAUAAACUAGUAGAUACAUAUUGAUCUGACCGAAAUCGGGAAUUUAUACAUAACACAUUCUUAGAUCAGGUGUCAGCUAGGGAAAACAAUCCAUACAGUUGUAGAACGAUUGAUUGAGGUGGUUUAAUUUGUUCAUAGAGGCCCCCACCAAUGAAAUUCUG